AUGAGGAAGCUUAUCAGGAUAAGGAAGUUUAUCAAGACGGCCUUCAACUUUGUCGCCCCUCUCAGAUUCGAGGCGGCCCGGCGCAUGUGGGGUACGACCACUUAUGACCAAGUCUCCGAGGAGGAGACGGAGUCGACCUACGUGUACAAGAUGGACCAGCCGCGGCUGACCCAGGAGGAGGUGGCAGUGGAGAUCCGGUGGGGCCGGGCCUUGUGGGUGCUCGGCCAGGGGGACGAGGCGGUUAAAGUGAAGUUACGAAGGAGUGACAGGGUGAAGGUGAGCGCCGUGACGGCCUCUAUGAGCCACGAUGGCGUGCUCACCGACGUGGUUACCAAGUGGGACCAGCCUCGGAAGUGGUACAAGUACAAGGACUUGGGACUUAUUAGGUUCAAGACGGUUCAAAUCACAAGAUGUCUCUCUUCCAAACUUGGAUUCCAUUAUGUUGAGCCUCGCGAAGGCCGGCGCGUGUGGGGCAUCAUGGCAUUCAACCAGGUCACCGAGGAGGAGACGGUGGCGGCGUUCCUGUACAAGAUGGACAGGCCGUGGCUGAAUGCGGACGAGUUGAGGGUGGAGAUUUGGCAGGGCAAUGCCAUGUGGGUGAUCGGCCAGGGAGACGAGACCAUCAAGGUGGAGUUGCGGAGGAACCAUAAGAUGAGGGUGAGCGAGGCCACCGCUUCCACGAGCGCCGACGGCGUGCUCACCGUUGUGAUUCCCAAGAGGUAUGGGCCUCGGAAGUGGUACGAGUUUAAGGCCUUGGCAUUUAAUAAGUUCAAAACGUUCCACAUUGGAAUUUCUUGGUCUUGA